AUGUUCUCUCAAGACGACAAGAAGCGGCCUGCCGCACUCAACUUGACGCCAAACCGCUCAGCAUCCACAGACUCGUCAUCUUCAGGCUCUUCACUCAAGCCCCCUCGCACACCACGUUUCGCUGAGGCCACUUCGGUUCAUUCUCCCGUCGAGGCGCCCCUCUCACCUUUUGCGCCUCAUGAGAGGUCCGAGAUGCCUCAAUCCCAGCCUGGCGACAUUGGCUUCGGCUACAUCAACAACCGCGAAUCCGUCAACGUUCCCAUGACCCCCAAGACGCCCCUCAAGAGCGCCAUGCGGGUGCCCGGAACUCCUGCCAGGAAGUUUGAGAACCCGAUGAGCCCAACAUUCAAGGAGGAAGAAUUCCUCGACAAGAGGGAGUCGCACACUAGCAAGGCCCAACGCCGUGAUCUGAGGAUAAAAACCCGAGUCCGAAUGGCCAAGUUUGCUCUUCGCGGUGUCAGCUUCAGCUGUGCCCUUAUCAUCAUCUCCAUGCUGUCUGCCUCCUUCUCGAUUUUCAACGCAACAAGAUCGCUGCCAGCUCAGAGUGGUUUGCCUGCCUGUUGCAAGGAGAACAGACGCGCUGAGCUCUACCAAGACAAGGUCGACUAUGCUCUGGUCUGCCGCCUGAACAACUGGGUUCUCAUCUGCAUCAUCAUUGAGGUCGUCAUUGAGAUCAUCGCCAUUUCUCUCUACAGCAUCGUGUUCUAUCGUUACUACACCAAGCGCCGCCUUACCAAGUCCAUGGACAUGCGCGAUAGGGCUCGCUCUGACCUCUACCUCGCCCAGCUUCGCAGCCAGUCCGCUCCCAACACCCCUGGCCUUAAGUCUCCUGGGCUCUACUCGCAGUACGCCCUCUCACCGCGCAAUCCCGAGAAGACGUUUGCAUCUCUCUCCGCCAUUGAGGAGCAGCAGCCGCAACCCACCUUUACGCCGGCAGCACGCUUCGUCGAGCCUGCCUCGAGCUUCGCGGGCCAGCAGCAGUCCACGUUCAAGCUGCAGGCACCGCCAGUCAAGGCGCCUUCGGCAACACCCAAGCUUGGCGGCGGUGGCUUCACGCCGACGUCUACAACGGCCCCUGCUCUGCCCACGCACCCGCCUUCGCCGCCGCAGCCUACCUACAACGAGCAUGCACAUGCCUCGGGCGCAGCGGACGAGCCCGUGUACGACGCUGUUCCGAUUCCAGGGGCUUACGCCGAUGCGCCAGUUAAGGGGUACGGUCGGUAG